CGAUCUUCUUACUUUGAUUCAGCGCUAUUCAAAACGAAUUCCCACAUUAGCUCUAAGAGGAUGCCACCGAGGCUCAUGGGUGGAUAUGAUCCAUGCUUAGAUGAUUACGCGAGAGUAUUUUACAACAGAGCAGAUGUUCAGAAGUCUCUUCAUGCGAGUGAUGGAGUUAAUCUCAAGAACUGGAGCAUUUGCAACAUGGAGAUCUUUAAUAAUUGGACUGGUUCAAAACCAUCGGUUUUGCCUAUUUACGAGAAACUCAUCGCCGGAGGAUUAAGAAUAUGGGUUUACAGUGGUGACACUGACGGAAGAGUUCCUGUACUUGCCACUCGGUAUAGUUUAAGCGCACUCGAAUUACCCAUCAAGACAGCUUGGAGGCCAUGGUACCAUGAGAAACAGGUAAGUGGGUGGCUUCAAGAAUACGAAGGCCUAACGUUCGCUACGUUCAGAGGAGCUGGACAUGCGGUGCCUUGCUUCAAACCAAGCAGCUCUCUCGCCUUUUUCUCGGCAUUUCUCAGCGGAGUUCCUCCUCCGCCGUCGCGGUAGAGAAGCAAGUCAACCAUUAAUAAGAUGAUUUAGUAAUCUAAUUUUGAGUAUUUUUGAAAGAUUUUGGGUUUCGUUGCGUUAACUUGUCAAACACGGGAUAGGAAGAAAAAAAGGAUUGUAAGAGAGAAAUUUGUAUGUGAGUUAUAUGUUAAAUUCUAUGUGAUGAUCAUAAUGAUCAAAGAAAAAACUUUCACACUUAAAGAUAAUGUUUAAAUGAAAAAUAAAUAG